ACAGAUUUGUAGAAUACAAGUAUCUUUGGCGUAGCUCAUUUUUAAUUUAAUUCUUUAUAUAUAUAUAUAUAUAUUCGCUUAAUUACAUUUAUUUUUUCACAUAUAGAGUUUCAAAUCUUCAAGGGCCAUUAUUUAUUUCCAUGGCUACUUCUAGCGAUACAUCAGACCACAAUGUUAAAUCCAAAAGGCCUGCUGAUUCUGCGUUCAAACAGCAACGACUUCCCGCAUGGCAGCCUAUAUUAACUGCGGGCACAGUUCUCCCUACGUUCUUUGUAAUAGGAAUUGCCUUCAUUCCUGUUGGUGUUGGAUUACUGUACUUUUCAGAUGAGGUGAAAGAGCAUGUUAUAGAUUACACAUACUGUUUGAAAGAUGAUGAGAACAUAACCUGUGCGGAAUACAUAAAACAGAACUUCAUGGAACCUUGUACAUGUAGCAUUCCCUUCAAUCUUACGGAAGAUUUCAAAGGAGAUGUAUACUUUUACUAUGGCUUGAGUAAUUAUUAUCAGAAUCAUCGGCGAUAUGUAAAAUCCAGGGAUGACAAUCAAUUGCUGGGACGUUUGUCAUUAAAUCCAUCAUCGGACUGCGAACCUUUUGCAUAUGACAAUAAAAAAAGACCCAUUGCUCCAUGCGGUGCAAUUGCAAACUCCCUUUUCAAUGAUACCCUUACAGUGCAUUCCCAAGAACCGACGACAAAGGUUGUGCCCGUGUUAAGAACAGGUAUUGCGUGGGAUUCCGAUAAACGAAUUAAAUUUCAAAAUCCUCCCGGGGAUCUUAAAAGUGAAUUUGCGAACUUCUCGAAACCUGUAAACUGGCGCCUUAAUAUAUGGGAGUUGGAUCUCGCAGAUCCUAACAACAAUGGUUUCCAGAAUGAAGACCUGAUAGUGUGGAUGCGGACUGCCGCACUACCUACUUUCCGAAAGCUGUACCGGCGCGUCGAUCAUAGCAAAGUUGGUUUCAGUGAUGGACUCAUGCACGGCGCUUAUGUACUUGAAGUGGCUUACAAUUACUCCGUUAUUGAUUUUGACGGGCGCAAGUCAUUCAUAAUAUCGACGACGUCCCUGCUCGGUGGCAAGAAUCCUUUCCUGGGCGUAGCGUAUGUCGUCGUGGGCACGCUGUGUCUCCUGCUUGGCAUCGUGCUGCUAGUCAUACAUGUGCGCUGCUCCAAGAGCACUACAGAAAUGAUCAACGUCAAUCCUCGUACACCAUACUCCUAAUUUAUAGGAACAUAAUUGUACAAUAUAAACAGUACUGUGGGCUUAAAAAGCCUAUGUCGUUAUUACCAACCAAGAUAAAUAGGCCUCUGGUGCAUAGAGCGUUAAAUUAUUAGCGGACUGAUACAUUUUGAACGGUAGACAUUUCAAAAUAAAGUUCUUAUUCGUGUAAUUUGGAGUUUCAGCCCUCUGUCGUUAAUAUUAUGCACACCCAAUAUAAUGUAGGUAAGUGAGUUAGACAUUUUCUUAACAUUUUUCACUAUUUUAAUUAGAUAAAAAACUAUUAUUAUUAUAGCGUAUUUGGUAAGCACCCUACUGAAAAUAAAUUGUUAUGUUCAUGUUAAAAUUGUUUUACUUUAUAAUAAUAUUAUAUUUGUUAUAAAACAAACAAAAUCUUUACAUAAAAUAAUUAUGUAAAGUAACCCAUGAAAUUUGUUUAAAACUCUGUACAUUGAGGCAUGAGUACCGAUUGUUGCUGUACACAUGCUAUGCUAGAAGCUAAAACUCGCUAUCUGUUUGCAUUUAUUAUGACUAG